AUGUCUUACGAAAGCGAACAACGUCGACGCUUAGCCUUGUUUGAACAAGCUGACGCCAGUGAAAAUGAACAGUGCAGUUCAGACGACCAGGGUGAAAUCGACCAUAUUUCAGAGCGAAGUCAAGGCAGUGAUACGGAACAGGAAUGCAGCGAUGAUGAGCAAGAAGCAAUUGUUUCAACAAGUAACCAGCAGUUUUAUAUUGGUAAAGACAAUUCCACCAAAUGGUCUUCGCAACCACCUCGAACCAACGUCCGCACAAGGUCAGAAAACAUAAUUUUACAAAAACCUGGGGUAAAGCCUAUUGCGCAAAAUGAUAAGACUGAAAUAGAGUGUUGGAAACGCUUUAUAAAUAAUAAUAUGCUGGAACAAACCGGCGUGAUUACCUUAGAAAACUCGGUCUAUCAAUGCUUGAAGGUCAUCUUCGAGUGA